UCUUGCUGGUACCUGAUGCUUAUUGUGGUGUUGCAAUGCGAGAGCUCGAAAUGAUCUCACAGACUUUGACGUUAACAUUGGGAAAAAGGUUGUUCCAGGAACAUACCUAGGUAUGUAUUCAUUUGUAGUCACUUGAGAUGCAACGAGACUGCAAGAAAGAGCGAGCGGGUAGGGAGAAGGGGUAGGAGCGCUAGUCCCGAGGUGGUUACGUCGUCGAUCCUUGUUGUGACGCCGAGCACGCUUGCUUGAACUUCAAAGCAGGUCCACAUGCGUCUCCACAGUAUAUUGGACGAACAUUCACCCUCACGCCCAUCCACGCCCUGAACGCAUCUUGCUGCCAGGUACCUACUCCAAUGCUCUUGGUCUCCCCUGCUGCAGCGCCUGCCAGCGAUACGCCAACGUCAACCUCGGCCGCCGAUUCACCCUACCCCCCUCCUUUCUCCUCCCUCUACUUCCCCCCGAACGACGGCAACGAGAACCAGCAGCAAGACGACGAGCCCAAUCAUCAGGAAUCCCCACCUGCAUUCUCGUCCUCGACCCAUUUCAACCAGUCUUCAUCUUCUGCUGCCGCUGCCGAGACUAAAGCUGCCCUUCCUCGCGACACCAAAGAAGGUUCCAGCAGCAAGGACAUCGACGACGGAGAACCGCCGCCACCUUAUAGUGAAGGUUACAGUCCUCUCGAAUCCUUUACCUACGUCAUGGCAUCUGCAGGAGGUCCCGCGAGUAUCAUCACCCAGGUGUCGCAACACAGCGGUGGGCCGCCGAUCAACACGCUCGGAGGAGGUUCUGACGAAAACCUUACGCUAGAGCUCAGGGGCUCGCGCUUUACGCUCUCCCGAGAUGAGCUCCUGACUCUCCCAGAGUUUGUUCUUCUCUCUCUGUUUCCUAACGGCCUACUUCCCGAUGGCCAUAUGAGCUCAUAUGACGGUGAUGUAUACCCAGUCGAUGUUGGUGCUCCCGAUGUUUCUUCUCCUCCCAAUCUUCGUUCCAACUCUCUAGCCAUGAUCAUGUACCACCUUUCCAAUCCCGCAUUAUAUUUAUCUGACAACAUCUAUUUCUCUCAGUACGAUCCUCAUUCUCUCCAAUACAUGCUCGAGUUCUUCCGAAAUGUAGCACAAACUAUUCCAGCUUCGCCCCCUUCUCCUACCGCUACCCCAGAACAGUCUGCCGAGGCGCAUGCCAUUGAGCCCAUGCAUGGCUCCGCACGGGACAUGCUUCAAGAUCGUGCUGGCAUCAUUGUCCUUCGCGAGGAUCUCGACUUCUAUGUCAUCCCACCCCACCGCGAUAUCUCUCAACCUGAGAUGAUUGAAGUCAAACGAGCUGCCGGCGAGGCCUUGUUGAAGCAGGAUGGUAUUUUCUCUGGUCUACGCAAAAGCGAGGAGCCAGGAACAACCGAACAGCAUCUCAUCGAAAUGCUGACUGCUGGUGGCUUCAAUCACGAAGAUCAGUGGGGGCACCGCGCAGGUGAGCCUAACAAAGCCGUCAUCUGCAGUAUUGCGCUCGCUCGCCUAAGGACCGAUAUCAAAGGCAAUGAUCUUGCAAACAGCAACGCCUUUGGCAUGGCCCAGAAGCUACUUCUUUUCUGGCGGAAACCGGCUCGUCGUUGUUGGUGGGAAGGCGUCGAACUCGAGAAUGUCAGAGGUGUUGAGGGCAAACUCAAAGUGUGGAUCCGAAGGGUCUGGACGCUCGAGAUGGUAUGUUUACAAUCGACAACGGAAUUUCCUCCUCUUCAAAUCCAGUACUAACUGCAAUGCUUCAGAGUGUUAUUGGAUUGCGUUAAGGGAAGCUAACCCCGUGCACUUGACAUGCUUCCGGAACAUGUUCCUUGCUCAUCCUUUUCUUUGCGUAUACAACAACAGCUUUUUUCCCGCCCCCUCCGAUCAGUU